AUGAAUAAUUGGCAAAUGAAGUGUUUUAUUUUGAUGACAACAUAUGUGUUGGCGACAUGGGCUAUGGACUCCGUAGUAACAACGGACAUACCACCAUCAUCGGGAGCGGGUGCUGCUGGCCAUGAUGCUACUCAGGGAGAUACUCCGGUUAAUACACGAAAUGUUGGUGAAGGUGAUUUGACAGUCCUGUGUCCCAAUAUGGUACGUUAUGUCUUUGAGAGUGCCAUGCCACACGAUGAAUCGAAGUCGGGCAUUUUUGAGAAAUAUCCUUCAUCCACUGAUGAUAUAAAUGCUGGGGGCGAAGUAGAUUUGCGUACAUGUGUCGAGGCUUGUUGUGAAAAAGGUAGAAACAAUACUUGCAAUGUGGUUUUUAUGUUUAAGCGCAAAUGCUACCAUGUGCGGUGUGUCAGCAACGAAGCCUGUUUGCCCAAGGAACGUAGAUCUUCAGCCGGACGCAUACAAAUGGUCUUGGUCAAUCCUGUAAGGGCCGAUGGCGAGAAAGAAAAAUUCUCAUGGUUGGAUUCCUUGAAGGCAUCGAAAGCCUUAAACGAAAUACUACCCUUUGAAGAGAGUGACGGAAAUGAAAAUAUAAAUUCACUUAAUUUCUGGAAACAACCUCACAAAUUACCAUACUACUCGCGGAGUGGCGAAACUGUUAUACCCAACAAUUACGACGAAGAUGAUUUCCCUUUGGCCGAAAAGAGAGUAAAGCAAUUGUUAAUGUCCUCACCUUUGGAUGAAAGUGAGGGUAUAUUACCGGAGGAUUUGGCCUAUUAUCGAGCAAACUUAUCACCUGAGUCAGCAGCUUUGACAAAAUUCUUAACCUGUAAUCUGGAUGGGAGCCCUGAAUCUGGUGGCAGCAGAUGUCCCCCAAACGAAGAAUGUAUUUCGGUUGAUUCAACAACAGGCAUUUGUAAAUGUGUUCGAGGUUUUAUACGCAAUCACCUGCGUGUAUGUGUACCAGAUUCUAUAGAUUAUAAUUUGCUGGAUGAAUCGGGAGGAGCGCACAAUAUAAUGAUGGCUUCGGCAUCUUCAAAUGAGGCCACGACAGUACAGAAACCGGAAUCUGAGCCAACACCCAAGACAGACGCUAAUAAAAAAUUAAUGGUUUCGGUUGUGUCGAAAGAAGUUCGUUUGCCCGAAAAGGAAGUUACAUUAGCUGCAUUUACUGUGCCCGACGAAGAGUCAAGCAGUACGAAAUACAAAUAUCUUUGGACACUAAUUAACCAACCCAAAAGCCCAAUGAAUGGCACUAUAUCUGACCAAAGUCAAUCAAAGGUGAAGUUAUCGAAUCUUUCCGAAGGCUUGUAUACCUUUAAGGUAACUGUGACGGGUGACAAUGGUACGUAUGGCGAAGCCAUGGCUAAUGUAACGGUCUUGCCCGAGAAACGCAUCAAUCGUGUUCCUCAAGUCAUUAUUACUCCCAGUGAACAGACUAUUAGACAACCCACGACUAACGCAAUUUUAGAUGGCAGUACAAGUACCGACGAUGAUAGGAUUGUUUUAUGGCAUUGGGAAGUAGUCUCUGGCCCCAUAGGAUAUCAACCUAAAUUACCCGAAGUUAAUACACUGCAGUUGACUGAUUUGACCUCACCCGGAAAUUACACAUUCAAAUUAACUGUUACCGAUACGGAUAAUGUUACCAACUCUACAACAGCAAAUAUAACGGUAUUGAAAGGAACUGACUAUCCUCCGGUAGCAAAUGCUGGCGAUGCAGUUAUACUGUAUUUGCCCAACAACAAUGUUACACUGAAUGGAACAGCCAGUUCCGAUGAUCAUGAAAUUGUAGCCUGGGAAUGGACCAAAGAUGCUAGUGAUGAAGCCAAAGCGGUAGACAUGCAAAAUACCAGAACUCCUUAUGUACAGUUGUCCAACUUGGAAGAGGGCAUGUAUACGUUUGUGUUGAAAGUUACAGAUGGAAGCGGACAAUCGAGUACGGCAAAAGUGCAUGUUUUUGUAAAGCCUCCAACUAAUUCACCACCUGUGGCUGUAGCUGGUGUCAACAUGACAAUAAACCUGCCAACCAAUUGGGUAACGUUGAAUGGAUCUGCAUCGACAGAUGACAUCGGCAUAAAAUCAUAUGAAUGGAAGGAAAUUUCUGGACCUAAUUCAGCCUCAAUUUUGAAAUCAAAUGAGACGGUGGCAAAUGCAACUGGUUUGACCCUCGGUAUAUACGAAUUCCAAUUGUCAGUAAUGGACGAAAGUAAUAAUACGGCUACAGACAGUAUUUGGGUAAAAGUGGUUCAAGAGAAAAAUUCACCACCUGUGGCCAAUGCUGGAGGAGACCAAAGUAUUACUCUACCAGUGUCGGCCAUAUAUUUCAAUGGAUCUUUGUCAUCGGAUGACUUGGGGGUGGUAAAAUAUCAGUGGACUCGAGAAGAUGCCAGUUUGGCGGCUGGACAAAUUGUGGGAACUACCGAUAGUAGUCCAGUCAUGAUUCUCACUAAUCUUGUUUCGGGCCGAUAUGUUUUCAAAUUGACUGUCAGUGAUGAACAAGGUUUGACCAGUUCAGAUACGGCUAGUGUUUUUGUUCACCCAGAUCCAAUGCUUUUGAAUUUAAUCCAACUUACAUUGCCAAUGAAUAUUUCAAUGCUGACACAUUCCUCUUUGAAUACGAUUGUGCAAAAAAUUGGUCUUCUAAUGGGUGAUAUGAAAGUGCAAGUUCGUGAUUUGCAACAUGAUUCUAGGACAAAUGCAGCCAUUUUGGUAUUCUAUGUGGAGACUGAAAAGGCUGGCAAAGCCACACCUGUCGAUGGCCUGACCAUAGAACGCCUAUUAAAAGAAAAACUGCAACGUGAUGCCUCUAUAUUGGGUACAGUGUUUGCUGAUGUUCGGACCGUGGUUUGUCAAAAUCCAUGUUCCGGUCAUGGUGUUUGUAAUUCAGAUACCCGUGCCUGCUUUUGUGAAGCCUUUUGGAUGCCUUCAUUUGGUUAUUUCUGGGGAAUUGAGGAAGCCAAUUGCGAUUGGUCUGUACUUUAUGUAUUUGUGGGUGUUAUUGUCACAUUAUUGAUGCUUUCGGCUUUAUUUUGGGGCAUUGCCAUAGCUUGUCGUCAAACUAAAAAGCCUCGUUCAAGACCAAAAGUUCAAAAAUAUUCUCUUAUUGGUACACAAGAUGAAGAAGCACCUAAUUAUUCUCGUACAUCCCUUACGGAUUCAGAUACGGACUCUGAUGUUCUAUUCGAAUCACGCUCUAAAUCGAAUGGAAUUUUACGUUUAAAUGGUGUAUCUAAAAACAAACAUAAUGGUCAUGAUCGCAGCAAAUACCCAGGGAAAUAUGGACGGAAAGUGAAGACGUAA